GGGACUUUCCUCGCAAUCCAUUAAUAACUCUGUAUUUUUGACGGAUUGGUUCUCUAUUCUGAGUGGCGACAUGAGUAUUACAAAUGGGAUUUCUUGUUUCGGGGCAUGGUUUUUAGCCCAUAUCUUGACAUUAUUUACGAAUCCAAACAUGUUAUUAAUGUUCACAACGUCCUCUUCAUGUGCUUUACUAUCGGCUAAUCUUUUUGUGCUUAAGAUUUAACGUAAGAAGUUACUCAUUAUUUGUCUGGUUAUAGGAGUCUUUCAGUUCCUACAGUAGGCUACGUUAUCCCUGGCCAGCCCACUGUCAUUCCUCGGGUUCGUCCGUGCGGGUCAUUGAGCGGCCCAUUCCCUUAGAAAAUUGGAUUAGUACACAGAUCCUUUUGAAAGGCACCGAACGUCCAAAGACUCCUCCUCCAUCACACCACUCAUGCCUCCCAUCGCGUCGUUGGCGUGACCGAAGAUUACUGUUUCUAAACGUUAGUUCACGAACCUACUAUUUCUACUGUAGCUGUACUUCGUCAGCAGCAAUGGCCGAUUCAUCCUCAGAACAUUGCAGCUACAAAUAUGAGGAUUACGAGAAGACAGCUGAUUGGUUACGCAAAGAAACUGUGCAAAGGCCUAAAGUAGCCAUCAUCUGUGGGACUGGGCUGGGUGGUCUUGCUGACAUGCUGGAGAACAGGGUAGUAUUUCCCUACAAGGAAAUCCCCAAUUUCCCGCAAAGCACAGUACAAGGACAUGCCGGUCAGCUGGUCUUCGGGGAGCUGCAGGGUAAGCAGUGUGUCUGCAUGCAGGGCCGAUUCCACUUCUACGAGGGUUACAACCUUGCCACAGUGACAUACCCAGUACGAGUGUUCUCCCGGCUGGGCGUGGAGACCUUAAUUGUGACUAAUGCUGCCGGGGGACUAAAUGACAACUUUAAAGUGGGCGAUAUCAUGCUAAUCAAGGAUCACAUCAACAUUCCAGGCUUUGCUGGGCUGAAUCCUCUGUGUGGUCACAACGAUGAGAGGUUGGGAGCUCGUUUUCCCUGCAUGUCAAAUGCGUACGACAAAGAUCUUUCAAGACUGGCCCAAGAGAUUGCUGAAGAGCAGGAGUGUUCCUCCUUAAUCCAGCAAGGCGUGUACUGCAUGGUGGGAGGCCCCAACUUUGAGACCAUCGCAGAGUGCAGGGCUCUCAAGCUACUAGGCGCAGAUGCUGUGGGGAUGAGUACUGUCCCUGAGGUGAUUGUGGCCCAUCACUGUGGCCUGCGCGUCUUUGGCCUGUCUCUUAUCACCAACAAGGUGGUUUCAGACUAUGACUGCCAUGAGACGGCCAGCCAUGUCGAGGUACUGGAGACCACAGAAAUGCGCACUGAUGUCCUAAAGCGUUUGGUCGGUAAACUGCUGGUUAAGAUCUAUAAUUUCCAGUCUGCCCCUGCAAACAGCUCAGAAACAAAGUCAGUCUGAGGUGUUCUGUAGAGAGGAUGCAUGUCAAUAUAUUCUAGAGAAAUAUCUGUCGUUAUAAAUAGAGGGAUCAUUACAAUGAUAAUGCUAGAUUUGACAACUUAUAGACUGGGAUUGGUAUUCAUCACAUAAUUAUGUGCAGUUCUGCUGUAUAGACUUCAGAACAGGCAAAAAAGAAGCUUGAAAUAUCCAUAACAAUGCAUCAAUGAUCUCACAUAAUACUUUACUUAGUACUUCACUGUUACAUAGCCAUUACCCAUUUGCCUUUAAAUAAAAACCAACAUAUACAUAUACUGCAUCUACUGUAAUUCUGCUCUUACUAACUAUCUGACUGGUACAAAAUAUAAUCAUUGCAGUGACCUGUCAAUGGUCUGCCUAUCACAUGGACCAAAAAUCUUUAUGCUGCUAAUUUCAGUUUUAACAUUUAUGUUUAAAAAUACUAAUAAAUGACACUUGUCAAA